AUGCGCGUGCUUCUGCUCUGCGUGUGCACGACGACGUGGAUGCUCAGUGUGCACGCCGCCGACGGGCACCGGAACCGGCAUCGACACCGGGAGGCCGGCCGGCGCGGACCCGGUUUAGAGACGCGGAGGGCCGGGGAGGACAGGAGGGGGGAGUCGGGGAGCCUUCGAGUGGAUUUGCCCGGGAAGGGGAGUCUGCGCGAGGCUCAAGCCGUCCUGACGAAGAAGAUGGCGGCGGGAAGAAAAGACAAAAUGGCUGCCGUCUUGCAGAAACAUAUCGAGAAGGAGAAGAAAAGACUCAACGCCCGCACCUCGUCUUCUCGCCUGGGCAGCAGACGCGUGUUGUCGUGUGUUUGCGCAGUCGUGUGUCGUCUGCUGUGUAAGAACGGAGGCGUGUGCCUGCUGAAGGAUCGAUGCCUGUGCCCCUCAAACUUUACCGGAAAGUUCUGCCAGAUCCCGGUCACGUCGCAACCCUCCUCGCAAGUCCCGCCCUCCUCCUCCUCGUCCAAUGAGAUCGUCAAGCCUCCCCGCCUGUCCGUCAAUGCCGAUCUGACCCGAUCUGAGUUCCUGUUGCCGCUGGGAGGGCACAACCAGGAUAUUCCAGGGGGCGCCAGUGGAGCGUCCAUGGUGAAGGUCAGAGUGCAGCACCCUCCCGAGGCGAGCGUCAAGGUCCACCAGGUGAUGAAGGUUUCCGGAUUCAUGCCUGCCCCGCAAGCGCUCUCGUCCGCGACGCUCUCUGGGUCGGCAGGGGCUCCGGCGCCCCAGACGCUCAGAACUGACGCCAUCUCCGCCCGACACACCGGCUUCAAGUAUUGCUUCAGGGAGGUCAAAGAUGGACAGUGUAAUUCUCCUCUGCCCGGCCUGAGGAGCAAAGAGAUGUGCUGCCGAGGUCCGGGCAAGGCCUGGGGCACCGGGGACUGUGAGCUCUGCCCCCCGCGUGCAGCAGGUCCAAACAACAGCAGCUGUCCGGUUGGCUUCCGACCCAGCAACGAAAGCAAAUGCAUCGAUGUGAACGAGUGCCAGCAGUCGGGGCUUUGUGAGAACGGUCUUUGCGUGAACACGGUGGGGAGCUAUAGUUGCGUUUGCAAGCAGGGUUUCAUCCUGGACGCCUCGCAUGGACUUUGCAUCUCCCACACUGUGAUAUCGGAGACGAAGGGUCAGUGCCAUCGGGUUCUGGGUUCAGGUCUAGGCCCGUCCUCCUGCUCGCUGCCCAUCCUCCGAAAUAUCACCAAGCAGAUCUGCUGCUGCAGCCGAGUGGGCAAGGCCUGGGGGCCCGAAUGCCAGCGCUGCCCUUACUUCGGCUCCGCUGCUUUCAAGGAGAUCUGUCCCGCCGGUCCUGGCUAUCACUACUCCGCCUCCGCCUUGCAAUUUAGCCAGAGAGCUGCAGAUCAUCUGGGCACCCACGGGGCUCAGCUUAUAACCAAUGGUGACCACCAGGGCACUUCUUCUAGUGGAGCCAUAGGGUCUAAGCAGAAAAGCCGACCUAGUCCACCUCCACAUCGCCUGGCUAUCAGCCCCCCACCAGCGAGACCCGUGAACCCUGCAAGCACCGCCGGGCGCAAACCUCAACCUCCAGACACUCUUGCCGUUCGGCCAAGACCAACCGUGUCGCCUGUGAGACUGCCGCCACAGUCCCGUGGGAGUCAAGAUACAGGCCACGUCCAAGGAACAGUUAAGAGUCAGGGUAUGAGUCACAAUCAAGUUACAAGCAGUGGCCAAGACACCAACCAGAACCUAGGCACUAUUAGUAACCAAGGAUCAAGUAACACCCAAGGAACCAGUCAGAAUCAAUAUACGAGGAGAAACCAAGGCUCGAGUCAGAAACAAGACACUAGCAGGAGCCAAGGAACAAGCCAGAACCAGGGAAGCGUUCAAGACCAAGGUACAAACAGAAACCAAGGAUCAACUCAGAAACAAGACACUAGCAGGAGCCAAGACACCAACCAGAAUCAAGGCUCUAUCAGGAACCAAGGAUCAAGUCAGAACCAAGGUACAAACAGAAACCAAGGCUCGAGUCAGAAACAAGACACUAGCAGAAGCCAAGGAUUAAGUCAGAACCAGGGAAGCGUUCAUAACCAAGGUACAAACAGGAACCAAGGCUUGAGUCAGAAACAAGACACUGGCAAGAGUCAAGGAUCAAGUCAGAACCAAGGAAUUCGCCACACCCAGGGUACUGGAAGCAGCCAAGGUUCAAAUCAGAACCAAGAAGCUAGCAGGACUCAAAACAUCAUUCAAAACCAAGGAACUACCAGGAACCAAGUCUCAAUUCAAAACCAAGGAACUAGUCACAAUCAAGGAACCAGCCAAAAACAAGGUGUUACAAGGAGUCAGAACCAAGGUACAAACAGGAACCACGGCUCGAAUCAGAACCAAGACACUAGCAGGACUCAAAGCACCACCCAAAACCAAGGAUCUACCCACCAAGCCUCAAUUCAAAACCAAGGAACUAGUCAAAACCAGGGAACCAGACAGAACCAAGGUACGAACAGGAACCAAGGCUCGAGUCAAAAACAAGACACUAGCAAGAGCCAGGGAUCAAGUCAGAACCAAGGAAUUAGCCACGUCCAAGGUACUGCAAGCAGCAAAGGGUCAAUUCAGAACCAAGACACUCUCAGGAUUCAAAGCACCAUCCAAAACCAAGGAAUUACCAAGAACCAAUUCCUAAAUCAAAAUCAAGGAACCAGCCAGAACCUAGGAACCACCAGAAGCCAAAGCUCAAGCUUUAACCAAGGCACCAGCAGAGACCAAAGCACUGCUCAAAACAGUACCAGGAACCAAAGCACCAGUCAGAUCCGAAAGAUUAGUACGGACCAAACCACCGGCGGGAGCCAAAGUACUACCAGAAGCCAGGCCACCAAUCGGAACCAAGGUCAUGAUUUCUACUCACUUCUUGUUGUUUUUGUAUGUUUAGAUGCAGAUGAGUGCGUUGCAUCUCCAGGUUUGUGUGCUCCAGGCGAGUGUGUGAAGAGUCCAGGUGGCUACCGAUGUCUUUGUCCGCCCGGAUACAAGACUGAUGCCCGGAAAACCAGCUGUCAAGACGUAGACGAGUGCGAGGAUCCCCUGGUGUGUCCCGGUGAGGAGUGUGUCAACGGUCUGGGUUCAUAUCGAUGCGUCUCAUGUCGCCCGGGAUUCGGACUUCUGAACGGACGGUGCGCAGACAUUGAUGAGUGCAUCCGAGCGCUGUGCUCCAACGGGCGCUGCGAAAACACGCCCGGAAGCUUCCGGUGCAUCUGUCGUCACGGUUACAAACUCCGGAACAACACCUGUGCAGAUGUGGACGAGUGCGCCGAUCCGUCCCAGUGUCCCGGACAGAUGUGCGUCAAUUCGGCGGGCUCGUAUCGUUGUGUUUCCUGUCGCCCUGGAUACGUGCUGAGCAACAAACAGUGCACAGAUAUCAACGAAUGCGAGGAUGCCACAUUGUGUCCUGGUGGCCAGUGCGUCAACACCAAAGGCUCCUACAAGUGUGUGGACUGCCGCCAAGGCUACCGAGCCAUGAACGGAGCGUGUGAAGACGUGGACGAGUGCGCGAACGCUUCCGCCUGCGAGGCCGAGCACGUGUGCGUCAACACGGUGGGCUCGUUCCGAUGCGACUGCCCGCCCGGGUAUCGAACCUUCGGACGGGGGAGACCGUGCAGAGACAUUGACGAGUGUUUGGAGGAGAACUGGUGCCCCCCUGUGGGCGAGUGCGUAAACACGCCAGGCUCCUUUCAGUGCGUCUGUCCUCAAGGAUAUACGCUCAGCGAUAAUGGUAGCGACAACAAAACGUGCGACGACACGAACGAGUGCGCCGACGGGUCGGUCUGCGGCCGGCACGCCGUCUGCCAGAACCUCGUCGGGACGUACGAGUGCGUGUGCGACCGAGGCUUCGUUUCCGCGCCGGAUGGGAAGUUCUGCGUGGACGAAGACGAGUGCGAGUCCAUGCCGGGCGUUUGCGGUUCGGCUCGCUGCGACAACCUGGAAGGAACCUUCAUGUGCGAAUGCGACACACCGGAGGAAUACUUUGAAACCGACGCCAGACGAUGUGUCAGAGCGUUGCCACCAGAAUGUGGGAAUUUCCCCGUUCACUCUUCCUCAUCCUCCUUCCACGCGGGCGUGUUAGACGUGGUGCCGGCUUCGUCCCCCCUCCCGACGUCCCGCCCGGGCGGAUUCGCCGAGUGCUAUUACAACCUGGAGUCGUCGUGCAGUCUCCUGGCCGCCAACACCAGCUGGCAGGAGUGCUGCUGCACUCUGGGGGAGGGCUGGGGCCUGGGCUGCAGGUACCAGGCCUGCCCCCCUGCCCACACAGCGGACUUCCUGGCGCUGUGUCCCAGCGGGAGAGGAUAUGUGACCGUCGGGGAGGCGGCUUUCAGUUAUACAGAUGUGGACGAGUGCAAGCGCUUCCAUCCGGAGGUGUGCAAGAACGGCGUGUGCGUCAACAUCAUUCCCGGAUACAACUGUUACUGCUCCAGCGGAUUCGUUUACGACGCCGCGCUGCUCGAGUGUGUCGACCUGGACGAGUGCGAGCUGGAGAGUUGCGAGGGCGGCUCCUGCGUCAACACCUUGGGUUCUUACUACUGCAGCUGCCCGCCGCCUCUGCUUCUGGACGACACGCAGCAAAACUGCGUCAACGCGUCGCAUCUCAACCUGGACGAGAACUUGUCCGUGUGCUGGCAGUCGGUGAGCGCCGAGUUGAUGUGUCAGAGCCCCCUGCUGGGCGCGCGAAUCACCUUUACCGACUGCUGCUGCCUCUACGGCCAAGGCUGGGGGAUGGAGUGCGCACUCUGCCCAGAAAUGGACACGGAGGACUUUAGCCGGCUGUGCAGCUCCUUCCCUCCGGACGUCUUCCCGGAUUCGCUCGGACCAGGAAGAAGCACGGGACCGCCUUUGUACCCUCCGUUCAGCAGCGAGACCUUCCCGCCGGACUACGAAGACUAUUCUCCUCGGGCGGCGCCGGACGACGUCCCCCGAGGACGCCCGCGCUUUGACGUGGGUUAUUACACGGAGAGAGACUACGAGGGGCCGGCGCCGUUCCCCCGCCCGCCCGCCGACCGGAGACGGGGGUUCGGAGGCGGAGCGCCGCCCGAAGUCUCUCGGCCUGACGCGCCCGGUCUGAGUUUGGCGCCUCUUCCGGGAGGACCUCCUUACGACGAGAGCGAGGAGGAGGAUUCUUGGGGACCCGGGCCACCCUUCCCUCCUUACACGGGAGGCCGUCCCACCAGACUUUAUGAACGUCGCUACGACGCGUACGCCGGCCUGAGCGCCGCCGAGGAUUGCGGGAUUCUGGACGGAUGCGAGAACGGGACGUGCAUCCGCGUGGACGAGGGCUACACCUGCGACUGUUACCACGGUUACCGGCUGGACGCCGCCACCAUGACGUGCAUCGACAUUAACGAGUGCGAGGGUGGCGCCGAUGUGGACUUCCCGUGCGUCAACGCGCGCUGCGUCAACACGGACGGCUCCUUCCGAUGCGUUUGCCAACGUGGCUACGUCAUGUCGCGGAGGCCGAACCGCUGCGUCCCCGCCUAG